AUGCCUUGUUUCGGGCAGCCUACACACUUCCAGAGUCUGAUACUUCUGCAGUGGCCCUUGAGCUACCUUGUCAUAGUUUUUAUCUUGCAGCCAUUGUUCAUUUGCUUGCUGUUUACAUCCUUGUGGCCGCUGCCAGUGCUUUACUUUACCUGGUUUUUCUUGGACUGGAAGACCCCAGAUCAAGGUGGCAGGCGUUCAGGCUGGGUAAGGAACUUGUGUAUCUGGACCCACCUCAGGGACUAUUUCCCCAUUACGAUCCUGAAGACUAAAAACCUGUCACCUGAGCACAACUACAUCAUGGGGGUUCAUCCUCAUGGCCUCUUGACCUUUGGACCCUUCUGCAACUUCUGCACUGAAGCCACAGGCUUCUCGAAGAUCUACCCAGGCAUCACUCCCUACUUGGCCACACUGUCCUGGUUCUUCAGGGUCCCCUUUGUUAGGGAGUACCUCAUGGCCAAAGGUGUGUGCUCCGUGAGUCAGCCAGCUAUCGACUACCUGCUAAGCCAUGGCACUGGCAACCUUGUGGGCAUCGUAGUAGGAGGGGUGGGAGAGGCCCUGCAAAGUGUGCCCAACACCACCACCCUCAUCCUCCAGAAGCGCAAGGGGUUUGUGCGCACAGCCCUCCAGCAUGGGGCUCAUCUGGUCCCCACCUUCACUUUUGGAGAAACUGAGGUAUAUGAUCAGGUGCAAUUCCAUAAGGACAGCUGGAUGUACAAGUUCCAGAGCUCCUUCCGCAGAAUCUUUGGUUUCUAUUUUUGUGUCUUCUAUGGAAGAGGCUUCUGCCAAGGCUCCUAUGGGCUCCUGCCAUACUCGCUGCCUAUCGUCACUGUGGUUGGGGAGCCUCUGCCACUGCCCAAAAUUGAAAAACCAAGCCAGGAAAUGGUGGACAAAUACCAUGCACUCUAUAUGGAUGCCCUGUGCAAACUGUUUGACCAGCAUAAGACCCAGUAUGGCUGCUCAGAGGCCCAAAAGCUGAUUUUCCUGUGA